AUGCCAUCCGAAGGAUGCACGAGGGCUGGGAUACUGCCAGGUUGCCCAAGCCUGGACAGGGGAAGUCGAGAGACGGAGGUCAGGUUCGAACCACGGGCCUUCCGGUCAGUAAACUCGCGCUCUAACCACUGUUGUGAAUGUGCGAGAGAAGCCAUCAUCCUGCUAAUUGCGUACGACCAUCUUGGAAUGAUAUGUAGGAGAAUCGACAAGGAUUUGGCAAUCGUUCUCCAGGUAGCAGAGUUAGCUACCUACAACCUACAUAAUAACAAAAAAAAACAAUUGCUCCGCUGUAACACCCUUCGGUGCCUAAGUGCCAUGCCAUCCGAAGGAUGCACGAGGGCUGGGAUACUGCCAGGUUGCCCAAGCCUGGACAGGGGAAGUCGAGAGACGGAGGUCAGGUUCGAACCACGGGCCUUCCGGUCAGUAAACUCGCGCUCUAACCACUGUUGUGAAUGUGCGAGAGAAGCCAUCAUCCUGCUAAUUGCGUACGACCAUCUUGGAAUGAUAUGUAGGAGAAUCGACAAGGAUUUGGCAAUCGUUCUCCAGUUAGAGCACGAAUUCACUGGCCAGAACAUCCAUGGUUCGAAGCCGACGUCAACGUUCCGUCUAGGCUUGGUUGACAGUAUCCCAAGCCCCGUGCUCCAUUCGGAUGGAAUGACAGCUAGACACCGAAAUGGUGUUACAGCUGAACGAUAA